CAGCGGUUGCUUGUUUAUUCAGGGCGGACCCUGACCCUCUGUUUUCAGCAGGGACCAAGGAUCCUGUUUUUAACAUUUGCCGCCCAGCAUCAAUAAUCAGAAUGGAAACAUGAAGCAGUAUUAAGUGUAAUUAAGUAGCAGCGCUAGUAUUAUACUGCACGUCCGCGGCUUCUGUGCAAGGAUGAGGGAUCUUCAAGCCAUGGACAGCUUGCUCUUGAAAGAGUUGAAGUCAUGUUGUGCGAAGGAGUACAACUUUCUUCCCAGAGAGGCUGGCCUGAAGCUGAUGGAGACGGCCUCCAAAGAGAAUCACAGCGGUGUGUCUGCGAAAUGCAGAGACACCAGAGUGGAAGAACUGUGGGGCCUGACCAGUUUCUUUGGCUACAGCACCCGAACAUUUGUUCAAGCUGUCAAUUUGCUUGACAGAUUCCUCGCCAUCAUGAAGGUGCAGCCCAAACACUUGCCCUGUAUUGGAGUCUGCUGUCUUCACAUUGCAGCCAAAAUCGUCGAGGAAGAGAGCAAUGUCUCACCCACUCACGAACUCAUUCGAAUCAGCCAAAGCAAGUUCACUGUGUCAGACCUCUGUCGCAUGGAGAAGAUCAUCUCAGAGAAGCUCAGUGUGGAUCCUGAAGCAGUCACAGCCUUAACCUUUCUACACCUCUACUACUCAGCCUUCACAUCCCUGUCUGCUGGAAGGGAGGAGAUCCCAAGCAUUGGGAGACUGGAAGCCCAGCUUAAAGCCUGCUUAUGUCGGCUUGUUUUCUCUAAAGCAAAACCAUCAGUGCUGGCGCUGUCCCUCAUUGCUCUGGAGUUCGAAGCCCUCCAGUCCAUGACCUUGUUGAAGAUUAUCCAGCAAUUCCAAAGACAUCUAAAGAUAAGCGAAAGUGAGCUUCUCCACUGGAAGGAACUCGUGGCCAAGUGCAUGACUGAAUAUCGCUCAAGUGAAUGUAGCAAACCAGACAACAAAAAGCUUGUUUGGAUCGUGUCCAGGAGGACAGCACAGAAUCUUCAGGCCAAUCACUUCAGUGUACCUGGGCUGCCAACUAUUCCUGAGGGGAGCUGGGACGAGAGUGAGAGCGAGGACUCCUGUGAGGACAUGAGCUGUGGAGAGGACAGCCCGUGUGGCUCGCCAGGAAGUGAUGGCGAAGGAGCCUUCUUCCCCGCCGCCUUUCUCAAGUGCAAAAAGUGAUGAGUCGUCCUUGUGCAGUAGCGACAGAUGUGUGUUUGUCCCCUGAAUUGUAACUGAUUUAAGGUGGUCACAAUGUUUUAGAUUAAACCUGUAUUUCACUUGUCAUACCGUGUGCACUGUAGGUGUGCCAAGUGACAGGUUUCCGUCAUUAAGUGCCUGUGUUAAUUCUGUUUACUGUCUGUUUCUUUAACAAAAAAAACAUAUCUUAAUAAUGCAAAAUUGCAAUAUUUUGGCAGCUUAAUGGUUAUUCAUCUGAAUGUCUUUUUCCAAGAUGUUCUCUUUGUGUUGUUUGUGUCCGAACUCGGCACAUUCCAAGAAAACUAGCGAAGCACAAGGGAGAAUUUACAGAUGUCAUGAGGUACACUCACUGUUGAAUACCAGCGGUCAUACUAGCACAUCCUCAGUCUUUUUUUUAGGUUUUUAUACUCUCUGCCAUCAAUAUAUACAGUAUUCUGCAAAUGUACGUUAUACACAAUUCUAAUGUGACAUAUAUGACAUUGUAGUGUGAAUAUACCUGACUGUAUACGCAUGGAUACAUUGAAAUAUGUGAUUAUGAAUGGACGUUGUUCAUGUUGACCAAGAUAAGCUUACUGUAAAAAAAAGUUUGAAAAAAAUGUACAUAAACUGUAAAAAAAGAAGAAAAAAUCAUAUGUUUUGUGAAUGCUAUAUAAUGUGUGUUGUAUAUGGAUAUGAUGUGAAAUAUGUUGGAAGGGCCACAAACAACCCUUCCAAAUAAAAAAAGU